GGAAUGUUCGACUUUUGGCACGUCAUGGACAAGUGCACCGUCAUUGCCAAGAAGGAACUGCUCUACACCGGACCGUUCGGUAUAGCGGCGUGGCUCAGCGGUCUGAUCUUCAUCGACCGGAAGAACGCCGAGAAGGCCCACACGGCCAUGAACGAGUGCACCGAUAUGCUGAAGGAGAAGCGCACCAAACUGUGGGUGUUCCCGGAGGGCACCCGGCGCAAUACCAACGAAAUCCACCAGUUCAAAAAGGGAGCCUUCCACGUGGCCGUCCGAUCGCAACUGCCGAUCAUGCCGGUCGUCUACAGCUCGUACGGUUCGUUUUUGGAUGACAAGGCCAAAAUUCUGAACAACGGUCACGUCAUCGUGACCACGUUGGAACCGAUCGAAACCAAGGGCCUAACCAGCGAGGACAUCCCGGAGCUGAUGGAACGGGUGCGUACCGUCAUGCUGGACACUUUCAAAGCCACGACGAAGGAAGUGGAGAACAAGUACAGUGUCAGCAGUGGUGCCAAAGUGGGACUCAGUGCAUCCAAACUGCGGCUGCGCUGCCUGGAUGAUCUCAUCAAGCCAAAGCUAGCAUCUAGUAGUCAUCGCUUGAAUGCCGCGGCGACAAAUGGUUCGCCGACGAAGGAGGGCGGCGCCUACCGGCGAAAGGAGUAGGCGCGGUGUUUAAUACAGAUAUUGACUUCAUUUUAACUUCUGGCUGCAAAGGCUCGUCCCCUCUGAGAGUGGAACGAGUGGAGUAUUUAUGUGGGGUGGAAGCACACCCCCUCGAGCAAGGGAAUGCAAAUGUAUAAGUAGGAAAAAGUUGUCGGAAUACCAUGAUAUUUUGUUGAAAUUCCAUAUUUAUUAAUGUAUUUUUGUGCAUUUUUUUGUUAUUUUAAAAUUAUCUUAAGAUCGCACUGUUCUGAAAUAAAAGGCUAGCUUUUACCAUUCCAAAAAACAUGAAUAUGAACCGAUCGAAUACAGUAUUAUCCAUACAUUGUGAGUAUAGGGGGUCUGUUCUGUUACUCGAGUCAAACAGAAAUCCUCUCGAAACAUUAUUUGGAUAGGUCAUCAUCGCUUAACAUCUGGGGUUUUUUUUUUAAUUAUUGUGCAAGUUGGGCCGAAGCAACUUAGAUUGUCGAGCAACUUUUUCAACGAGUUUACAGGGUUUAUAGAACUAUAAACUUAUUUUACUAGAAACUCCAGUAGAAAAAAUGAUAUGAAAAUCUGAGGGCCUUAGGCUCAAAUUUGUAAGAAAAUCUCCUCUGAAAGAUCAGAUUUUUGUCACCGAGUAUCGGGUGAUUAACUUAGAUCAACAAAAGGCUUCUGUGCUCGACAAAGAUUCUAGCCGAGUUAUUUGCAUUCGGCUCGAUCAAUAUAAUGGACCCCUUAUGAGACACGGUAGUACAGACUCGACUCGCAAAUGUAUGUUGAGCUCGUUCCAUAUGGCGCUAGGCGAGACUUUCGUUAUAAUUCCUGCCAUAAACAUUCGUUGUAAUAGUCGACGACUCAAUAAACACUAAUCAAGCACGAUAAACAACGCAAUGUUCGCAUACGUUUUGUUUAUUUUUCCUGCAUUUGUACCUAUACGUUUAUGUUGUUGUGAAACAGUCAAACAUAUGAUGUCAAUAAGUUCGAAUUAGUACAAUAAUUUCUGAAGAAUGAAGGUCAAAUCAAAAAAAUGGUCAACGAAGUGAUGUCUUAAACCAAAAUUUGCCACAUGAAUUAGUAAUUUAAAUUAGCAGUCACUAGUCAGGCUAUUUUAAGAGACCCAAAAAAUUAUUAACUAAUGCCAAAACUAUCAUUUUAGGUGAAUAAUAAAUUUGUUGCAAGCUAAUCAAACGUAAAACUAACCAGAGAGAUAUGAAAUGCAUGGUAUUUUUCUUUGUUAAAAUAAUUUAUAGUUUUUUUUUUUUAAAUGUGACUGUCACUCAUCAAUGCAGGUCCAACUGGUGCCAUUAAAUUACUUUUUUAAAAAGCAUUUAAUACAUUCACAGUUAUUUAUUUCCUAAAAAUGAACCCGCAAACUGACGAGUAAAUAACGAAGAAUGUAGCACUUAGAAGAAAAUAUUUUAUAUUAAUAUACGUUAAGUGCCCCUCCUCGAGAGUACGUACGGUUCGUUUCCCGCGAACUGGUGUAGAAAGACAUCCGUCUGCUUUGUAUUAUAAUCCCUCAGUACACACACAACCAAAAGAUAUAAUAAAAUAUGCAAUUCUUCAUCAAAUGGUGUGUGUAUGUUAUUUCUUGAGAAAUAUCCUUAAUUCUAAGAAAUCGUAAAUCGGAGAUUCACAACAAAAGUCUUCCUAUUUCAAAUCCAAGAUUAUAUCGGAGCUUGAAACACAAACAUAUAGCAGAGUAUCUCUACUUAAUUGAGGAUCUUUGAUGAAAUUAAUUGGGGAAAGUAAAAAAAAUGCAAAUAUAAGACCUUAUAAUUCUCUGAUCAUUUUACCCCGUUCUCCCCUGUGUACU